AUGGCUGGAUUUGGUGAUUUUUCAGGCUACAACAGGCCUUAUGGGUUGGAUCCUAAUAGGGAAACCAAUGAUUUGUACGAUACUCGCUAUCAGCAGAUAUAUGGGUACCAUACCCCUGUUACCGAAGAGUUUCAGGGCCCGCCGUUGGUAAUGGAUGAUGUUUCUGAAGAAGAUAACAAUGCAUAUAUUACAACAGCUAUAAGUGUUGCUAGUCUUAUCACAGAAAAUUUAUUAAGUCAUCCAUUUAUUGUGUUGAGAAGGCAGUGCCAGGUUCACAAUGGUCUGAAGAAUUAUCACAUAGUACCUUACACUCUUCUACCUGUAGUAGCUCGGUUGCAUCGGAGACAAGAUGUGACCACACUCUGGAAAGGCAUUGGCUCCACUUGUAUAGUGAAAGGAUUAAACUUAGCUGUGGAGGAUGUGGUCUCUAAAGGCACUGGAUGGCCUAAGGACAUUGGAAAAUGUGAUUCCGUCUUACAGUUCCUACAGCAUAUAACUUUAAAAUGUGUAAGUUUAGCAAUCAUUACACCUUUCUACUCAGCGAGCUUGGUUGAAACAGUACAGAGCGACAUUGCAAGUGACAAACCAGCAAUACUAGAUGUGUUCAGGGAAGGUUUCAUGCGCAUUUUAGAAUGGGGAACUCCCAGCAGAGGUAGAAUGCUGCCUAUAUGGGCUAUUGUGUUCCCAACGGUUUCUCUUGGUAUUACCAAGUACAUUGCUCACAUAACAUUUAAAAAGAUAACUGAGAAAGUUCUCCGUUUCCAACAAAGACACAGACAUGAGCUUAGUGACUCAUAUAAUGUGAACUACAGCAAAACCUCAAACCCUCUGAUUGAGGAUAUCAGUUUGAAAGCCAACAUCAUAUCUUUCAUUGCAAUGGAAAUUAUAUUCUACCCAGUCGAAACCAUUAUCCAUAGGCUUCACAUACAGGGCACCAGGACAAUAGUAGAUAACUUGGACACUGGCACAUCAGUUAUACCAAUACUGACUGGUUAUGAAGGCUUUAUGGAUUGCUACAACUCCACCAUAGCCAAGGAAGGAGUGUCAGGCCUGUACAAAGGCUUUGGUGCACUAGUAUUACAGUUAGCAGCACAUUUGGCUAUCAUAAAGCUGACAACCUUGGUUGUGUCAGAAGUAUCCAACUUAUUAAAACCAGCAAAAUCUCCUACCUCUGAUGACUCCAUUCCCUCUCAAAAAUAUUUGUUCAACUAG